AUGGAUGUGCUGCAGGGGAGCGUGGAGCACACGGCCCUGGAGAAGUGCCCAGCUUCCCCGGCCGCGGGGCCUCUCAGCGCAUCCCCCUUCGCCUUCCUCCGGCUCCAGCCCGAGCCCUGCCAAGGACCGUCCACCCCCGGCCCGAGCACCUGGAGACCACCGGGGGGGGCUUGUGCCUUCCUCCAGACCGCCCUCAACCUUGGACAACCGAAGGGGAGCGCGCAGCUCUCCGUGCUGACCUCGCUCCGGCCGGGCAGGGGCGAGGGGGCCAGUAGCCACCCUCCAGCCCAGGCCACGGGAGACUGCUGCGCCCAGCCCGGGCACAGCGACCGCGCUCCGGCCCUGCAACGCCGGCAAAAUGAAGAUAAUGAAGAAUUUUUGCCAACUGGAGAAACCUCCAUAGACUCCUACCCAAACUGGUUAAAAUUCCACAUUGGCAUUAAUCGGUACGAGCUGUAUUCCAGACAUAAUCCUGCAAUUGAGGCUUUGCUACAAGACCUGGUCUCCCAAAAGAUAACCAGUGUUGCGAUGAAAUCAGGAGGCACCCAGCUGAAGCUGAUCAUGACGUUCCAGAACUAUGGACAAGCAUUGUUCAAACCAAUGAAACAAACCAGAGAACAAGAAACCCCGCCUGACUUUUUUUAUUUCUCAGACUAUGAAAGACAUAAUGCAGAAAUAGCAGCAUUUCAUUUGGACAGGAUCCUGGAUUUCCGCCGCGUGCCCCCAGUUGCAGGUAGACUGGUUAACAUGACGAGAGAAAUACGAGAUGUUACUCGUGACAAGAAACUGUGGAGAACGUUUUUCAUCUCACCAGCCAACAACAUCUGCUUCUAUGGGGAAUGCUCCUACUACUGCUCAACGGAGCACGCCCUGUGUGGAAAACCAGACCAGAUCGAAGGGUCGCUAGCUGCUUUCCUACCGGAUUUGUCUUUAGCUAAAAGGAAAACGUGGAGAAACCCUUGGAGACGUUCCUACCACAAGCGCAAGAAAGCAGAAUGGGAAGUUGAUCCAGAUUAUUGUGAAGAGGUUAAGCAAACACCCCCAUAUGACAGUGGGACCAGAAUCCUGGAUGUAAUGGAUAUGACAGUUUUUGAUUUCCUAAUGGGUAACAUGGAUCGACAUCACUACGAAACCUUUGAGAAGUUUGGAAAUGAAACAUUUAUUAUCCACUUAGAUAAUGGAAGAGGAUUUGGAAAAUAUUCCCAUGACGAACUUUCCAUAUUGGUGCCUUUAAACCAGUGCUGCAGAAUAAGGAAGUCUACCUAUCUGCGAUUACAGUUGUUAGCCAAGGAGGAGUACAAACUCAGUCUCUUGAUGAAGGAGUCUUUACUAAAAGACAAGAUAGCUCCCAUUCUCUACCAGCCUCACUUGGAGGCGAUGGACAGGCGGCUGCGGAUCGUCCUCAAGGCUGUUAGUGACUGUAUAGAAAAGGAUGGUUAUGACAAUGUGGUUGAAAAUGACUUUAACGCUGAUGUUAACACUGUUACGACCGAGAGGUAGUGAAAUCGCAAGACUACGUUUUUACCAGCCAAGUAAAGAAGAUUCAAAAAGGAAAAAAGAAAAAAAAAAA